CCACCGAGCAGCGAAACGAACGCAGUCCCAAUCAGCUGUUCCCAAGCGACACGACGCGGCUGAAGGUUACGCGCAAAGGGUUAUUUUCAAUGCAACGCCACGCUCCUCCUUCUUACUGACAGGUGAUUUCUCAGACGCCACGCGGGUACCAUGAAUGCCAUUAAGACAGCCAAGAGUCUGUUACGCCAAGAACUAAAGGCGAAACUGAAUGGCUUGAGUAAUGAGGAGAAGGCCCGGCAGUCGCAGGCCGUGCAGACGAAGGUCCUACAGCAUGAUCUGUACAAGAAGAGCAAGAGGUUGUCCAUUUUCUUGAGUAUGCACGAUGAAAUAAACACGGAUCUACUCCUGCGGGAUGCUUUGGAUGCUGGCAAGGCUGUUUAUAUCCCCAGAUAUGAUAGCAAGUCGACCUACAUGGAUAUGGUUCGACUCAAAUCCUGGGAGGAAUACGAUGCUUUGCCAAUGACCAAAUGGAAGAUCAAGCAGCCUCCUUUGGACCAAGAUCGGGAACAGGCUCUGGGUUCAGGGGGCCUUGAUCUGAUCCUUGUGCCUGGCCUGGCAUUCUCCAAAGCAGGACAUAGGAUGGGUCGUGGACGAGGCUAUUAUGACACGUAUCUUGCAAAAUGUCGAGCUGUGCAAGAGCAUCCUCCAAGUACGAUUGCAUUGGCUUUUAUUGAGCAAGUGCUUCCUGAAAUACCGAUUGAAGAGACAGAUGUUCCAAUCGACAUUAUUCUUAGUGCUGAAUAAUGUUAAUGUGCUUGUAUAUUCAUAUGUGAAUAUAUAUAGACAUGUGUGUAUGCACAUAUUAAUUAUGUUUGUACCUACUUUUGUAAGAAAUCUUUUCUAUGCUGCAUCUUAAAAAUAUGUAACUUUUGAUAUUACACUUAGCUUGAUCACUAGUAAACCAGGAUUUGUAUUGGGAAAUGCUAGCCAGGGUUAUAUGGUUUUACACAUAACAAAUGUUUUUAUAGGUGUAUGGAAGGGUGUAUGUGCCCACAUGAAUACAUACAGUAUACUAUAUGUAUGCCUUUACAAGGUACUAAUGAUUUGGUGUGAAAAGUAUGUGGAAGGUAUUUAUUUAUAAAAAUUUUUUUGUAAUGAGUGACACAAUUUCUACAUUUAUAUUCAGAUUUUUCUGCAUAAACAGGAAGUCAGUUGUUCAAAUGAAGUGAAAUUUGUUGAGGAAAAAGCUUUUCCAAAACAUGUUAAAUUUAUAUUUUAUGCUAAAUGGUUCUUUUCUUCUUUUUGAAAAUAUUUACAGCAAAUAUUACACAUUUCAGAAUCUAAGUCUUUGAAAUUAGCUAUGUAGACAUCUGAUCAAGUCACACAUUUCUUCUAAAGGUUUAUUGUGAAUACAUUCUUCAUUUCAUAAAAAAAAAAUUCUGUCAAUAUAGUCUUUUUAAAAACUACAAAUUGCCCAUAUCAUCCUAUGGCUUAUAUAUAUUGGAAUAUGCAUACAAGUGUAAGAUAAGUAUUUAUUUUUUCUCUAUUAAAAAUCAAGAGAGGAAGAGGGAGCAACCACCUAAUGAAUGUUGAAACAAAAUGCUUCAAUAGGGAAAUAAAAGAAACAGAAUUUUGGAUGUGCAAAUUGUUUAGUGUACAAAAGUAUGGGUGCCUCAUAAACUCCUUUAUUUGUUAAGUAUAUUGGAGUUUUUAUGUCUUGUGCCUUUGUUGUUGUGUUAUUUUCUUACCCUUUAAGAUCUUUAGAAUUUAUUGGAAAACUUUUUUUUUAUAUGGGAUUGUUAGACCAUAAAUCUUAUUUAUAAAA